AACAGCAGGCAAUCUCUUUCUAUUCUCUGGAAGAGCUUGUAUAAGAUAAGAAACACUUGAAUCAUGGGUUUUUUUAACCACUUAACGUAUUUUCUGGCUGUUGGUGCUUUUACUUUGGGAAUUGGUUUCUUUGCUUUGGCGUCAGCUUUGUGGUUCCUGAUUUGCAAACGAAGAGAAAUAUUUCAAAACUACAGACAUAAAGCAACUAAUGAGAAAUGCAGCCAAAGGCCACCAAAAGCAAAGAUUAAGUCGCAUUCUCAGUGUGUUUUUAUUUCUCGAAAUUUUCAUACUGGAAGAUCACAAUUGCAGGAGGAGCAAAGAAAAAAGGAAGCAGCAUACAUAAAAGCAAUUAAAGAUCACUCUAAAGAUGAAUUCUGCCUUGCAACACAAAAGGUCAUUUGUGACCCCCCAGAGACUAGCUCAGCAACAAAUGACAGCAAUGUUACAGUAAGCUUAUCGGCAUUACCAUCGGAUUCAUAUUUCAGCCAAAGUGUAGAAGCAGCUAAUGACUGGUUUUCUGAUGAUUCUUUAGUGGAAAAGAACUCUCCAGGGCCUUUGCUCAGAGAACCUCUUGUGGAAAAAGUAUUUUCAUACUUGUCAACCAUUUCAUUAGAAGACUGUACUGACAAUGUUCUGAAUAUGACGUUUUAUGAUGAUCAGAAAGAUGAUAGCAUUAAGGAAGUGUUGUCACAAAGAAACACAGAGGUUGAAAUACAAAACCUUCAACAUAACACCGAAUGACUUUUUUUAUCUAUUAAAACCUUGUAUCCACUGGAACCAGGUAGAGGUAAAGCAGAAUUACCAGCUUCUGAGUCUCUUACCACAUCCGUGCUAAUAUUGCUUUUCUUGUGUACCAGAGCCCUCCCCUUACUGGUUCUUAUUUCUAGAAACAAAAUUAAAGAAAAAAAUUAGAGUGACAUCAUGAACAUUAAGCUUAACCCUUUGUAUCUUAUCAAAAGAUAUAUUAAAUAAUAAUACUGUAUUUCAGCCUGCAGGAGAAAUACUCUUAAGACAUGUUCAGCAUAAAUAUAAUAUAUUUUUUAAUAAAACAGGC